AACUUUCAUGGUACAAUGCUGUCAAAAAUAGAGGAAAGCCGGUGGAGAAGGUAAAAGUUGGGAAAUCCCUCCACCGCUAACGUAGUAGGAAGGAACACGAUAAUAGAUAGAGUCGUGAAAAAAACACAGAAUGGAGCUCAUGCGAACUGUGUACCCAACCACCGCUGUUCCUCUUCCUCUUUCAAACCUUCCCGUUAGGACCAAUUUCGCCGUUCGGUGUUCCAACGUUCACUCGCAACCGCAGCUCGACUCGCGCAAGUUGCAGUUAGUUCUUGCAGUGAAGGAAAAGCUUGAAAAAGAACAUCAUAGUCUCCCUGUUGGCAGAAAUGGAAGGGAUGACGAAGAUAUGAUACUGUGGUUUCUCAAAGAUCGCAAGUUUUCUGUUGAUGAUGCUAUUUACAAGUUGACUAAAGCCAUUAAAUGGCGUCAAGAUUUUGAGGUGUCUAAAUUAACUGAAGAAGUCGUGAAAGAUGCUCUUCAAACUGGAAAAGGAUAUGUACAUGACUUUCUAGAUAUCAAUGGCCAACCCGUGCUCGUGGUGGUUGGAUCAAAGCAUAUUCCUCAAGCACUGGACCCUGCAGACGACGAGAGGCUCUGUGUUUUCUUAAUUGAGAAGGCAUUGAGUAAGUUUCCAACUGGGAAAGAACAAAUACUUACAAUAGUUGAUCUCAGAGGUUUCAGUACAGAAAAUGCUGAUCUUAAAUUCUUGACAUUCUUGUUCGAUAUAUUCUACUAUUACUAUCCCAAGCGAUUGGCUCAAGUCCUAUUUGUAGAUGCACCUUUUGUUUUUAAGCCAAUUUGGCAGCUAGUCAAGCCCAUGUUAAAAUCAUAUGCUUCUCUGGUGAGAUUUUGCUCUGCAGAGACUGUUAGGAAGGAAUAUUUCACAGACGAAACUUUGCCACCAAGCUUCAGAGAUUGAAAGUUGGAUUAUAUAAAAAACUGCAGCAAACUUUACAAACACACUCUUAUUUAGCAUGUCUUGGAGUUUGAAAGACCAAUAUGUGGAUCUGACGACAGCAACUCAACAUUUAUUUAGCUGAAAAAAAUAGCUUCUUACUUAAUAUUCAGUUGAGAGGAACAUUAGAAGAACAGUGCUGAUAUAAGCACCCUAUUCCCUAGUUCUUGGAGAUUGGGAUUUGUGUUAAGAGAGGACAUAGUGCUCAGCUCCUGUUGGGAAGAAUACCAUCUGGACGUAAUACUGAAGAGACAAGUUCAUAUUCCGAGAAGACUGGUCUUGUGUUUUCCAUGCGAGGAGCAAAAUUUCAUAUUCAGUUUAUUGCUUCCGUUUUGGCAUUUCAUCUUAAUAUGCUUACCAAUAUCUAUUGUACAAGCGGUACAAACUAAUGUUUUAAAUGCAUGGUAUAAUUUUUUUUUCAGUCA